CUGUGCGCAUGCGCGGCGCAGGACACGCCGGGAUCAUGGUCAAGAAGAAGCGAGAGGGGCUGCGCGUGGCCCAGGAGGGACUGCCAGCACCAGCUGAGGACAUUUGGAGUCAUUGGUCUGGGGUUUUGGCACAAAGACUGUCUGGGAUUGAGGUUUCGCUGACUUGUGAGGGUGACUGAUGCCCAUUUGCUGUGGUUUGUCCCAUGUCCCUCAUGCAUUCUGCUUGGGCUAGGGGCUAUGAGAAAAAAAAAGCAGUAAGAACAGCAGGCAGCCCUGUGGCUUGUUUGAUUUGGGAGAUUGAUGGCUUGGAGGAGAAGCUGGCCUUGUGCAGACAAAACAUGGAGGAGGUAGACUUUAAACUGCACAGAGAGGAGCUGAGUCCUGAAAAAAGGAAGUCACUGGAGAGGGAGAAAACUUUGCUAAUGACCAAAGCUGAAAGCUAUGAGAAAGAACUGAGAAUUCUGCGUAAGGAAAACCGCAAGAAUGCGGCCCUUGCCAUGGCCCUGAUGCUGCUCAUCACUGUUAUUUAUGUCUGCUGGACCAUGUGAUUGUGUUGAAGAACCUGCAUCACUGGCUGCUGCAAACAUCUCUCCCUUCUCUCACCAAAGUGCCUUCCUGCGAGUGUAAUCAGGUGUUCCAACUGCUGCUCCUCUAUUGUCAUCUGCAGGCUCCCUGGCCUGGGCGUUAUUGUGCUCAACAGCAGAGGGUCUUGGAGGAGAGGAGACGCGGACACCACUAGCCAAAACAGACCAGCCAACAUGUAGAUGAAGCCAUCUCAUCCAGUAUAAAAUGACCAGUCCUAUCAGGGAAGCCACAGUCUUUUAGCUGAGCAAAUGCACGUCAAUUUAAGGGAGAGGAAAGGCCUAUUUUCCCCUUUCAGGGCAGGGCCCUCCCUCCCUGCACCUUGGCUGCUUUUUGAAAAGUCCUAGAGCCUGAAAUCCUCUCUGCUCAGCCUGCCAAGAACUGGGGUGAGCUUCCCUACUACUGUACCUCUGCCACAAGGGACCAAUCACUGAAGCUCAGACAUUAGUCCCUUUGCCAAGGUUGCUAGAAGCCCCGAGCAUGGGUAGUAAUUUUAAAACGUGUUCCUACCAACACUAAUGGGGCCAGGAGUCAGUCUGACAAAGGCAGGUCUAUGGACUGGGCUGACUCCCUGCAGCUCAAAUAAAUGAAUUGAGUAAGAGAUACAAACAGUUGCUGAUCCCUAAACCUCAGGACUCUUUAGGGGGGCAGGGGGAGGGUUUGAGAGGUCUGUACCUAUGCACAUCCCAGAGACAAGUCUCUGACACUGCACAUGAUGGUUUAAAGGCAAGCGCCUGCUGAGCUCACAGGAAUGCAAACUGCUCUGUAAUAUUUUAAAACAAACUUUGAAGUAAAGUUUAAAUUGUUUUGUGUGA